AUGGCAAUAUCCAGCCAUAAGAGCAUGAUCCAUAUGCGGCCACCCAACAAAGAACCGGAGUGGUCCAGCAUAUGCAACAAUGUCUUUGAAGAAUACCUCGAUGAUAACGACGCUUUCUUUGGCAUCGAAAAGCGAGAAAGGAGCAGUUCAGACGACUCUGCCCAAUUGUUCAACUUCUCUGGCUCGAGUGAACAAAGCGCGCAGACGGAUGGAACCUCGCCAAUUCCCGCAUGGGAUCCGGAAGAGUCGAGUGCUCCUCGAGCACAGCAGCCCAAGGCGAAGGUGCCUACGGGGUUUUGGCACAACAAGCUACGAGCGUUGGAACAGAACGCUGCAGAUUGCGAGCGACAGCAGAAAUUAAGGGCUGCGAAGUCUCAUCCCGACUUCUUGAGCUUAGGAGGGUUCCCAUCACCUCCAGCGAUACCAUCAUCACCGAGUGGCCAAUCAUACUCUGCUCAAAGACAAGCGUCCCGUGGGCGUGGUAACGCUGCAAACGGAAACAAGACGCCCACACAUCAGCGCAGUGUGUCCAAUCUACGCGGAGUAUCACGCGGGCGACCAGUGGGAGUCACGAAACCUCCUGCUACUGCUGCAGUCAACCCCAAUGCCACUGUGCGUCCACGCAAUGGUUCUCCGUCGAAGAUGAUGAACCCCUCGAGAUACCGCGCCAAGGACCUCUGGGCAGAGCGCAUGCUGCAAAGUCCAAAGAAGUUCGAACUCCGGUCGGAACAAGCUAUCAACACAUUCCCGGCCUCACCGCCGCACUCGGCCAGAUCUGUACAAAACGUAUUCGCUGGUUUCGGAUCACCAGCGUAUUCUGCCAUUGCUGGUAGCGACGAUCAGAUCUCGCCGCUGGCCAGCACCUUUCAGAACUCUGCUCGCCUUCAUACUCCACACCAUUCGCCACUCUUGAGUCCUGGCAGCCAUGCAGCGCCAUCAUACUUCGAGACGGCGCCGCCUCUGCCCGCCACUCUAUAUACCACGCAGACGAUACCAUUGAACGACACUGCUCCUUUGUAUCCCGGGCGUGGCUCGUCACUGGCCGCCAAUAAAAUCCAUGAGUUCGACUUCGGCUUCGAUAGCUCUCCUGAGAUGGAUGAUACAUGGAUUACCACAUCAGCUACGUUUGCAGAACCUCCGCCCGCCGCAUAUUCCACCACAGCUCCCGUGUUCGACAAUCAAGAUCCGUUCAGCAAUCUCGAGAGCGGGAUUGAACGCAGUAUGAACAUCAACGCGCAGUCGCACGACCACAACCUCGGCCUUGGCAUCAGCUGUGAUUCCAAUGGCAAUUACACCACGAUUCCGGGAAAUGCCAUCCAUUAUUCUUCGGUUCCACCAUCGAUAGGUCCAUACUAUGUCCCAUCACUCCCCAAUGGACUACCCAGCACGCCCUCGCAUCGUCUCAACGGACUGCCCAGUGCUUCGUUUCGCCAGAUGAACAACCAUGCACCACCACAGACACCUCAUCGCCAACGAGGUUCGCUGGACCGCUCACCUUCCCCAACGUAUCCGGCCACCGAGUCUCGCUCACGCCAAGCUUCGGGGUCUCGUCGGAGAUCACAGCAUCGCAGAACAAAAUCUGCAAGCACAACACCUCGCCAACACGGGGGCGACAGAGGAGGAGGAGGAGGAAGUGGUGCCGGUGGGGGUGCCGGUGGUGGCGGCUUCGUGAACUUCACACCCGGCGAUGCGGGAAAGAUUCUCAACGGGGUCGCACCGUCUGGUAGCUCAAAGACGAAAGCUCGAAGGGAAAAGGAAGCGGCGGACAAGAGACGAAAGCUGAGUCAGGCGGCUAUGCAGGCUGUCAUUGACGCCGGAGGGGAUGUGGAGAGUUUGCAGCGAUUGGUCAUAGAGCGAUGA